CGAGCUUUUACCCUUCCUGACCGAUGCACUUCCAUUCUCGUGUCGUUUGUGUACGAUGAAUACUAACACGGGUGUGACGCCAGCGGCUCCGAGCCAAGCAAUCACGACAUUUGAGGAACUUCGGCUCACGGAUGUGGCCAUGAUCGACGAAAAGGAAGAUCUGUCUAUGCUUCGCCGUACGUUGCUGAAGAAACGCAAACUUGUCUUGGGCGCGGGUGUGCUGCUCGUUGUCGUUGUGACGGGCAUUGUUGCCAUCGUGUCGUCGGCUACCACCGAAUCGGCCAGCACUGGGGAAGCCCUCCUGUCGACCACGGUCAGUCCAACCACGGCCAGCCCAACCACGGCCAGCCCAACCACGGCCAGUCCAGCCGCGGACGCCCCGAUCCUCGAAGAAGUUGGCGUUGGUUCCAUCGCCAACAGCGUCGAAUCCACGUACUCGUCGAAUGCUGCAACGAACACCACCAGACCGGAGAGCGUGACAACCCCCGCCGCCCCAACCACCACGACCUCGACCACCACCAAUGCCACCACCACUCUGGAAGCGACGACGACGACGUCUGAACGUACGACGACGUCUGCACCCACGACCCCCGCGCCGACGCCUGCACCCACAGAGAAACUCUUGCCGUUCACCGACACCAAGUUUGACUGGGCCAACUUUGCAAGCUGGGAAGCCGACACGAGCGCCGACUGCCCGUGGGCCAAGGGCGGGUUCAAAGGGUCAUCGAUCGAAGUGUCUAGCUUCGGUCGUCCAUUCAAGGAGUCGCCCGUGAUCCGCACCAAGAAGGGGUGGAGCGGCGAGAAGGUGCUGCACAUCGAGUGGACGUCCAACCCUGGGUCGGACACCAACAUCUGGCUGCUACCGACGUCGCUGGUUAACCAGUUCGGCGACCUGCGGUGGCCCAACUGCGGCGAGUACGAUAUCUUUGAAAUGUUCAACGGGGACGCCGCUAUCGGGAACAGUGGCACAAUAAGUUACUUUGGCAGGGGGCUCACCGACUUUGGCCAGUCCACGACCCACAUCGCAUCGAAAGACUGCUACGCGGCCGAGACCGUCCACAAGCCCAUGGUCGCACCGAAUGGCGCCCAGUACAGUGUCGCAUAUGGCCGCAAAACGUCCAUGACGAUUAUCUUUGGCUCGGACUCGAGGGGUAAGUUCAUCCAGCAAGCCCAAGACGCGACGCUCAAAGCAGGUCCGAACUCGACCUACGACGUCGUGCUGGACGACGCCACUGUCACAGACAAGAUCUACAACAACGCCCAGUCGUACUGGGGGACGACCCCCACGGGCGGAUGCGCCGCGGGGUUCAAUCCGGACUCGGGGUAUCCGUUCUGGGGCGAGUUUCGCCUGAUCUUGCAAGAGCAAUACCAAGGCAGCUUUGUCGUGAGCAACUUUCAAGUACUCACCAAGACCCCGUGAGAAUGGCGAGUAGAUGUGUCAAUACAUACGAACGAUAUAGUUACUACGAGUGCGUAAUAGUUAGUACACAUGAGUCAAACCAGUGAUAAAUCUGGAAAUGAAUGCAACUUUGGUUUUUAC